AUGAUGGACAAAAUUUCACUCCUUUGCAUCCCUAACGGGGAGUCUACCGCAUUCCCAGUGGACAUAAAUCCCCAGAAGACUAUCAGCCACCUCAAAAAGGCAAUCAAGGAGAAAAAAGACGCUUUUCAGGGUAUUAAUGCCUACGAACUCAUCCUUCAUAAGGUCUCGGUCCCUGGUGAAGGCACCACAGUCAAUCUCACCAAUGUUGGAUCAAAGGAGUCACUCACCAGAGGAUCAAGCAAGGUCUCCAAGGUAUUUGGCACAUCACCUCUGCCCGAGAAGACUAUUCACGUCAUUGUUCAGCGUCCAUCAGCAGUGAUGCCGCUUCUAAUUACCUUCAUGUUCCUCUUCGGGUUACCCUUCAGAGCAACCUACUCAAAAAGCAGCGCCAGGGCCGCCAAGGCUAGUGCAAGAAGCAUGGAACUAGAGAAUAUCGAGAAGAAGGUCUUCCAUGCGGACACUCCAAUUUCACGUUUCCUUCAUUCAUACGUGAAGGGUGACAUUAAGCUCCCUGACGCAGACUGUUGUGUCAAAGGCUUACCACGGGCCUGGCUCCGAUCAAGAUAUUUCAGCCCUGAGUUACCUCAGCCUGCUCUCUAUCUCAUACAUCCAAGAAAACCACAUGAGACGAUAACGACACCUCCUUCUGUAACAGCGCUAGAUACGAUCAGCAGGUUUCAGAAUAACGACAUUAUCACUUUUUUCGGCGAGAGUGGAUGUGGAAAGGCGAGAGCAGUCGUGGAAAUGCUUGCACAGAACUGGGGGUCGGACAGAGGUUCAAUGGACGUUGUUACUUUGUUCAAGUCAGCAAUGAAGAGGUCGAAGCAGUACCUUUCGUCCGAUAAGGUUCAGAAUGGCCCCAAUAUCCAGGCGAUUACAAACUGUUUACUUAUUUCGCGUCUUAUGGUUCUGCAUUACUGUCUGAGUAUCGGCUGCAAUGAUUCAUUUACUUGCGAGCGUUGGAUGUUGCUCCAAAUGUGCCCAGGAGCCUUUAACACCGAUGUAUCAGAUGUCUUUGACGAUGUUUUCACGGCUAUACUACGCGCCUAUCAUGACCAGAGACCGGUUAUCGUUCUCAUAAGCUUGGAGUACCUAUUACAUGGUCGGUUUACUCAGCUUCUCGUUGUCCUUGAUGAAGCGCAAGCCCUGAAUGAUCAUGGAAGAGAAUGCUUUGUGUCGCACGCGGAUUCCAGAACUCCUAGGCCGAUUCUCUCACCUAUUAUUUAUGGGCUUAGGAACAUAUCACGAAGUAGACAAGACUACUGCGUGGUGACAUGUGGCGCAGCCAUCAGUGAAGAUGAGAUUGAAGUAUUAGGAAGCUCGAGCACUUCAAAAUACUUUGGCUGGGAAUCAGUGGGCCAGGUGGCUCUGUACAUCAACAGUCUUGGAAACAUGAUGAACGAGGACGACAAGGUGAUGCUUCAUACAUUAAUACCAGAGGCAGCUGCCCAGGAGUUGUUUUUCAGCCUUCGAGGCCGAUACCGUCCAAUCAUUACGACAAUCGAGGAUAUCAUCACUACCGGAUCUCCAUCAUACUGGAAAGAAGCUAUUGAAGGCCGAGUUCGAUCUUUGGUAAACUAUCCUAAGCAACUUCACAUGCCUGGGGAUAUUUGCUCAGCUAUCAAAAGGACGAUCGACAAAGUUGCGAAGGAUCCAAUCAGGUUCGGGGAUGCUGUCGAACUCAAGCACGUCCUCAAGCAAACUAUUGUUUAUCGAGCCUCUCUGGGACUGCCAUGGAGCUUACAAGGAGAGAAGCCGAUCUUGGUUGAGAGCGCUUUCGGCUGUCUCCGCAAUGUAGCUACCAGCACGGUUUUUGGGAAGUCAUUCUACACGGUUAUUGAUGAGCCAUUUAUAUUCCAGGCUGCCUACAACUUUAUCAAGCAUGAGGACUAUGACUUCUAUGGUCGACAACCUGAAGAAAGGAUCUUUGAGCUGCACGCACCCUUGGAUCUGGUUUACGCUUUCCAUAAUAAACAGCUCAAGCAAGAAUUAUUCUCGAUCCCCAAGGCUGCUAAGCAUCAACCUACGCCAAAACUUAAAAGCCCUAUCCCUGAAUUUGAGCCUGUUGCUUUUCUCAGGCAUUUGUUCAAACAUAAAGCAACGAUUGUCGGAUGGGAAGAUUAUGAUUGGAGGGUUCGAUACAUGGAGGCUCUGACUAUGGGCGAUUUUUUAGAGGCACACUACAAGCAUAGCUCGAUGUGGGGUGGCUCUGCGGUACCGCCUUUUUACUACCCAGAGUCGUCUCUUUCGGGACCGGAUAUAGUCUUUGUUCUACGAAUUGAUGAUCAGCUCUACCCUGUGUUUGUCCAGACGAAGCUCUCUCAAGAUAUUUCUCCAGGAAAAGUAGAGGAGGCACGGUUGACGAUACAUGAGAGCAAACUCAAGCAUCAUCUUCCGAAUUUGGCCUCAUACUGCCCUGGCGGAAAGUACUUUGGCUUGAUCUACGUUCACCCUAUGGUUGUAAAAACACCUCGAGAGAGCUGGGAUGAUAGUCUUUGGCGUACAGAGCCCGAUUGUGGAGCCGAUGGCAAUCAAGUCCUCAAGGAUGACGACAUACCAUCGAUGCAACUCCUUAUGAUUAUUGAUAGGAGCAAUAUGCAGAGUCUUCUUCCAGGAGGAGUGGUUGACUUUCUCGAUAGUGUGUAA